AAAUAAAGAAAUAACGAAAUUAAUUAAAAAAAUAUUAAAUAAAUAAACAUCCAAAAUUGAAUGAAUGAAUGGAUGGAUGGAUGAAUGAAUGAAUGAAUGAAUGAAUGAAUGAAUGAAUGAAUAUUGAUAAGUACUGGUGAUGUUUCACUGAUUCUUGCAGAUGUAGAAAAUCUGGAUGCUGCAUGAAUUCCUUUAAAUGUGUUUCAGCCCAGGAUUGUUUCAUUUAUGCUGAUAAAUGCUGAUGCUGCACAGAUUUUUUUUAAACAGAAUUGAUAUUAUAAAGGGUGUUAUAAAUGUAAAAAGUCUUUUUUUCUGCACAAAAUGUAAAAAAAAAGUUGCUAAAAUGACAGAAAGUGGAACAAAGACAGACGAAGGACGACAGGAAACCAAAAAGCAGAACAGAUGAGAUAGAAAAUUGUAAAUGAAAAAACAACCAAAAUGAAAGAAAACUUACUUCUUAUAGCGCCUCCUACAGGUAAUUAGAGUCCAUUUGCCUGUAAAUCAGGCAGGAGGACCCAGAAACUGAUAAAUGAUUAAUGGUGUUCCUGUUAAUUUGGAACCUCCUAAACAAAUCUGUGGAAUUAAAUAAAGAAAUCAUGCAGUUUUGGCCGUUAGCUGCCUAGCAACAUCGUUCACGCGUCUUAAUAAAACACCGUCGUCAUGGACGUUUAGUCUGAAGCACCAUCCGAACAUAAAAGGUGAAGUCCUCCUUCGUUUGUCUGUGAUGUCAAGAAGGAGGUUUUUAUUUCCUUUCAGAACAUGAUGGAGGCGCCGAGGUCUCGCUUCAGGUAGCAGGAGUAAUAAAUCAGAGAAAGAAAAGCAUCACACCAGCCAAAUAAAUAAUACAGAACAAACCAACCAGCCGAAGUGAAGAUGAACGAAGAGAACCACCUGGAGAACCAAAACAGAACCAGUCCAGCUGCUGACACUGAAACACACCUGAGCCAGCACCUGGGACAGGUAGCAGCAAGAUGUUGAGUGGCGUCCAGCUGCUGUGUUCGGGGCCUUCAUCAUGGACAAUGUGACACCUGGCAGCCCUCCAGGUGAGUCGGAGCUGAAGGACUAUAACUACCUGGCCCUGGUCCUCGGCGUGCCCCUCAUCCUGGUCAUCAUCCUGGGGAAUGUCCUGGUGUGUCUGAGCGUGCUCACUGAGCGCUCCCUGAAGACCGCCACCAACUACUUCAUCAUCAGCCUGGCGGUCGCCGACCUGCUGCUGGCCGUGUUGGUGCUGCCGCUCUACGUCUACUCCGAGUUCCUGGGAGGUGUCUGGACUUUGAGCACCUCCAUCUGCGACGCUCUGAUGACGAUGGACGUGAUGCUGUGUACGGCCUCCAUCUUGAACCUGUGUGCGAUCAGUGUGGACAGGUACAUCGCUGUGGUGGUUCCCCUCAAGUACAACAGGAACCAGUUCAGUGUCCGUCAGCUGGCUCUCAUCACGGCCACCUGGGUUCUGUCUCUGGGCGUGGCCAGUCCUGUCAUCUUUGGUCUGAACCAGGUUCCGGGUCGUGAUCCCAGCGUGUGCAAACUAGAGAACGACCAGUUCGUGGUGUACUCAUCGGUGUGCUCCUUCUUCGUGCCUUGUCCUGUCAUGCUCAUCCUGUACUACUGGAUGUUCCGAGGCCUGCGGCGCUGGAGUGGUCGGAGCCGGUCACAGGCGGGUCGGGUCGGACGUCCGGCUCUGUCCCUGCGUUUGCGCUCAGCUCUGCAGCGAGCGAAAGCCACGACCACCGGCAGUCGAGAAAAGGUGGUGUACGUGGCACCCAGCGGGCUCAGCCCCACCUCCCCGUCCACCGUCUCCAUGGCGACGCCCUCCGCUACCCCGGUAACGGAGGAGAACCAAGACGAGGCGGCAGCGGCACCAGAGAGCGACCCGAUGACGACCCAGAUGGACAGCGUGUCGGACGGAGAACCAACGGAGAGGAGAGAGGGAAGCAGCCGCAGGGAGAACGGCCUGAAGAGCAACGCUGCCAAGAGAGGACGACGGAACAGCAAGAGCAGCCGGGUCAGCGGCCGAGAACGCAAGGCCAUGAAGGUUCUACCGGUCGUAGUCGGUGUGUUCCUGGCCUGUUGGACGCCAUUCUUCGUCGUCCACGUCACCAAGGUGUCCUGUGGGUCAUGUGACAUCGGCCCCACUCUCAUCUCCGUGGUAACGUGGCUCGGCUACGUCAACAGCGCCGUCAACCCGAUCAUCUACACGGCCUUCAACGCCGAGUUCAGGAACGUCUUUCACAAGCUGCUCUGCUGCCGGACAUGAGAACGGCCGGAGGUUGGCGAUCUGCCGUGGAAUGUUCCAGAAACACUCGGAGACCCGUUCCGCAGAUUGUUCUCCGGCAGGACGAAGGUUCCUGACCAAAGCCUUAGUUUAGAUCUCAGCUGGACUGAACUCUUAUCUGGAGGGUUUGUGAGUUUUCUUUGUCAGACUAAAUCUUUGGGCCCAGAGGCAUAAAACAUGUGAACACGUGCAGAACCGUAAACGGUCUUUGAUAUCUGAGUAUUUUUAUGUUUUUAAAGAUUUACCUGGUGAUUAUUCUGAUGAUGUGAGUAUUUUUUGUGACUGAAUGUUUCCAGCAGAGUUUAGUGGUGAAGGAAAUGUUUGUGGUAUUUUUAUCUGUGAAGUGACGACAUGUAGCUGAACAACAACCUUCUGUGUCAAAGACAGAAAAAUAAUAAAGACGUUUAAGAAAUGA